AAAUGUACGUCUCAGUCUUCAUUGUUGCAGGUAUCGAUACACCGAAUAUCCCGCACCGUCGGUGACUUGUUACACCCCUAAUUCAGUAAUUUUGGACUGUUCCAGGCUUGAGACCACUCAGGAAAAUGGUAAAAGGCAAAGUUGGUCAAGGGAGGGCAGGGGAGCCGAUUCAAGUUCGCAAGCACAGGAUGGUCCUGAGGGACAAUAUCAGUGGCGUCACGAAAGACGCCAUUCGGCGUCUGGCAAGAAGAGGGGGCGUCAAACGCAUGUCCAUGCUCGUCUAUGAGGAGGUGCGAGUUGUCUUGAAGAUGUUCUUGGAUAACCUUAUCGCUGACGCUAUUAGGUACACCGAGCUAGCCAAGAGGAGGACUAUCACAACGAUGGACGUUGUGUAUGCUUUGAAGAAGCAGGGCCGUGUUCUGUACGGCUUUGGGGGUUGAGACGUGUGAAAUCACUGCAUCCUGCUGGAUGGAAAGUGCGAAGUGCGUCACUGUAUUCUGUUUUCGGAUGGAGAGUGCAAUCUACGUCACUACAAAAUGUUUUCCGAUUGACAGUGCGAAGUACGUCACUGUAUUCUGUGUUUUUAUGAACAGUGAAGUUCGUCACAUUUUACCCUCUGUUCGGAUGGACAGUGCGAAGUACGUCGCUGUAUUCUGCUCCGAUUGGCAGUGCGAAGUACGUCGCUGUAUUCUGUGUUCGGAUGGACAGUGCGAAGAACAUCACUACAUCCUGUGUUCCGAUUGACAGUGCGAAGUACGUCGCUGUAUUCUGUGUUCGGAUGGACAGUGCGAAGUACGUCACUACACCCCUUUUUCUGAUUGACAGUGAGAAUAACGUCACUGUAUUCUGUGUUUGGAUGGACAGUGCGAAGUACGUCAUUAUAUCCAGUGUUCCUAUUGACCGUGCGAAUAACGUCGCUGUAUUCUGUGUUCUGAUUGACAGUGUGAAGUACGUCGCUGUAUUCUGUGUUUGGAUUGAUAGUGCGAAGAACGUCGCUGUAUUCUGUGUUCUGAUUGGCAGUGCGAAGUACGUCAUUACAUCCUGUAUUCGGAUGGUCAGUGCGACAUACGUCAUUACAUCCUGUGUUCGGAUGGUCAGUGCGAAGUACGUCACUACAUCCUGUGUUCGGAUGGUCAGUGCGAAGUACGUCAUUACAUCCUGUGUUCGGAUGGUCAGUGCGACAU